AUCAUCAGUUUCUUGUUCAUUUUUCGCAUUCAUGACAUACAAUUAAGUCUAUGUAGACAUUUUUUUUCCCUAAUAUUUGGAACUACUUCCAUUUAAUUACUUUUAUUUGAUCCAAGCUAUAUUUUCUUUCGAGAUGUGCUAAAUGGUCUGAAUUUAAAACGUGUUCACUAUGCUCAAUGAUUUUGACCAAGGUACAAUUAAUCACUGAAACAUUGUUAUGGAUAUAACUUGAGUUUUAUUUAAUUUUGCAGUAUAGUUUGAUAAAAAGGUAGGGAGGAUUAAUCAUGAAUGUAAUGUUGUUUAAUGCAGAGAAAGAAACAAGACUCAACACUGCUAAUUAAAAAAUUAGGCAUCAAAUUAUACCAAAAAGAAAAAUUAGGUUUGGAGUUUCCAUAAGUGCCAUAAAACGCAGUAAAAAAUAAAUAAAUAAUAGCUAUAAAUUGGCUCAACCCUAGUUUCAACCAAACCCUUACUACUAGAGUUGAGAUUUGGAUUAAAUUGUACAUAGUUGGACUGACAACAAUUGCUGCAGCAGCCGUCUGCAUAUAUUAGGCCUUUUUUUUCAAUUGAAUGAAAACCGAAAUCUAGAAGUAGCAAAAGGGAGGCCUUCGACGAGGAAUGUGUGCCUAUAUACAAUUUUGUCUUUUCAUUAUUUUGGCGGCUGGAUUUUUUUUUCUUCAAAUUUUACUUUUAAUUUCUUCAUUUUCCUUUGUUUACCAUCUUUCAUACAAAACGUAGUAAUUUUCUUUUUGUUUUUCCUCUCUCCUGUCAAAAAUAGUGUAAAGUCAAAGACCAAGACCAGAUCGUCUGUUUCUAUACCGGAAUUUGGACAAGUUAGAGGCAACCUUCUUUGACCCUCUGUUUAUUCUGUUCUGAUUGCCAGUCACCUACAAUCCACCGGCCCAUUUUGCUACUUUCCCUUUAGUACCAUUCUCUCUCUGUUGACCUUUUAUGGUUGCUUCCCUUGCUUUGAAGGCCACGGGAUCCCAUUUACGUAAAACACCAGCGUUAAUGAUUUCUUGGCAAUAACCAAAACACCAUGCAAUGGAAAACGAAAAGACUCUUUAAGCUUUCUUGAAAGAAACCUCGCAAUCUCACAUGGUGGCAUAUGCCUUAGGCCCCCACAAUCCCAUCAACAAAAAUAUAACUCCCAAACCCUGAUUUUUUUUUUUUUUUAACUUUUUGACUCAAAGCGAUGGGGCUUUAGUCCUUCAUUAUUUUAUACGAAUCCCAUACUAUAUUCCUACGGUGGUUGAGCUAUCUUUCCUUUCUCGGAACUACCCUCCAUUAAUUCAAGACUCUCUCCCCCUUCUUUUCUUGCAGUCAUUGUUAUAUUAACUCUAGCUAGUGGUCUAGCUUCCCCAUUGGUCAGGUUUCAGAGCUAAUUUUCUCUAGCUUUAUCCCACUCCUCCUACCCAACCAACUCUUUCUAGUUUCUAGGCCUUCUGCUCUUAUUUAAGCAAAUUUCCUUUUAGGAGAUUUUAUAGUUCAGCUUCUUAUAGACAAGACAACGAUCCCAUAUUCUUUAAGACCCCAAAAAGUGAGUAAUUAGAGAGACGAUAUGGAUAGGGAUAGCAUACAGAUGGAUAAGGAGAGGCUGACGGCGGAAAUGGCAUUCAAAGACUCCUCCUCCGCCGUUAUCAAAAUCAGGAAAAGAUUGCCUGAUUUCCUGCAAUCUGUGAAGCUUAAAUAUGUAAAGUUAGGCUAUGGUUAUUCAUGUAACCCCGCCACCAUACUCAUGUUUGCUUUAAUCCUACCACUUUUCAUCGCUACGUUGGUUCAGUUCACUAGUCUAAGAUUGGACCUGGUUCCCGAGUUAUGGACCAAACAAACCCUUCGACUUGAGAGCAUUGAUGCUGCUACAAGACUAGCUGGUUCACUAAUCCUAUUCUUCCUUUUUGGUCUCUACUAUGCGAAGCGGUCUAGGCCGGUUUAUCUCAUCGACUUCGCUUGUUACAAACCUGAAGAUGAUCGUAAAGUGUCAAUUGAAUCGUUCCUGAAGAUGAGUGAAGAUAGCGGAGCUUUCACGGAGGACACGCUUCAAUUUCAAAGAAGGAUAUCAACCCGGUCUGGUUUAGGCGAUGAGACGUAUUUCCCAAGAGGGAUAACAUCUAGACCACCAAAUCUGUGCAUGGAAGAGGCUCGAUCUGAAGCUGAAGCUGUCAUGUUCGGAGCACUCGACUCACUUUUUGAGAAAACCGGUGUCAAACCAGAGGAUAUUGGCAUCCUUAUCGUGAAUUGCAGCUUAUUUAAUCCAACCCCAUCUCUCUCAGCCAUGAUAGUCAACCAUUACAAGUUACGUACAGAUAUCAAGAGCUACAAUCUUGGAGGAAUGGGCUGCAGCGCAGGCCUUAUUUCAAUCGAGCUCGCUAAAAACCUCCUUCAAGCCAAUCCUAACACGUAUGCCGUAGUGGUAAGCACUGAAAACAUUACUCUGAAUUGGUAUUUCGGGAAUGACCGGUCGAUGUUGCUAUGCAAUUGCAUAUUCCGCAUGGGUGGAGCCGCUGUGCUCUUGUCAAACAAGUCACGAGACAGGACUCGUUCAAAGUACGAGCUCGUUCACUUGGUUCGAACACAUAAAGGCGCGGAUGAUAAACAUUACAACUGCGUUUACCAAAGAGAGGAUGACAAAGGAACUAUUGGGGUUUCAUUGGCUCGUGAAUUAAUGGCUGGGGCUGGAGACGCAUUGAAAACCAAUAUCACCACUCUGGGUCCCCUUGUUUUACCAUUCAGGGAGCAGUUCAUGUUCUUUGUUACACUUGUUCGAAAGAAGAUUUUUAAAGACAAAGUUAAGCCUUAUAUACCUGAUUUCAAGCUUGCUUUUGAGCAUUUUUGUAUCCAUGCUGGUGGAAGGGCGGUUUUGGAUGAAUUACAGAAGAAUUUGCAGCUAACAGAUUGGCAUAUGGAACCUUCAAGGAUGACUCUACAUAGAUUUGGAAACACUUCAAGUAGUUCCCUUUGGUAUGAGUUGGCUUAUACGGAGGCUAAGGGUAGGAUCGCGGAUGGAGACCGGGUUUGGCAGAUUGCAUUCGGUUCGGGUUUCAAGUGUAACAGUGCUGUUUGGAGAGCUCUUAGGUCGACUCCCCUGAGCGAGUCAAGGGGUAACCCGUGGAAGGAUGAAAUUGACAAGUACCCGGUGAAGGUUCCUCUUGCUUGAUAUCUCCAAUCGGUUGUUACAUGUGAACUGUGAUUAAGCAGAUUAAUGGUGACGGCCUGGCUGUGGCCUGUAGGGUUCAUUCGUUUCUGUUCCUAUAAUCUCUGUGUCUGCCUCUUUCUUUCUCUUUUUUGUAAUUUCGUAUUUUUCGACAAUCAUGAUGUCCUCAGUAAUUAAUCGGUAG